GAGGCCAUCCCUGGGGCUCCGGCAGGGCCGCCCGCUUCCGCAUCCUCAUUGCCGGAGUCAGCUCUCAAGGCCUGGACGCCGGGCCCGAGGUCGUGCCGCCAUGGACUUCUCCAGGUUCCUGGCCGACGACUUCGACGUGAAGGAGUGGAUCAACGCGGCCUUCAGGGCUGGCCCCAAGGAGGUGACGGCCGGGAAGGCGGACGGCCACGCGGCCACGCUGGUGAUGAAGCUGCAGCUGUUCAUCCAGGAGGUGAACCACGCCGUGGAGGAAACAAGUCACCAGGCUCUUCAGAACAUGCCCAAAGUGCUCCGUGACAUUGAAGCCCUUAAACAGGAGGCAUCUUUUCUGAAAGAACAAAUGAUUCUUGUCAAGGAGGACAUUAAAAAAUUUGAACAGGACACAUCUCAGUCAAUGCAGGUACUGGUAGAAAUUGACCAGGUCAAGUCCAGGAUGCAACUUGCUGUGGAAUCUCUGCAAGAAGCAGACAAGUGGAGCACACUGAGUGCUGAUAUUGAGGAGACAUUUAAGACUCAAGACAUAGCUGUGAUUUCUGCCAAACUAACAGGUAUGCAGAACAGCUUAAUGAUGCUUGUUGAUACACCAGACUACUCAGAAAAAUGUGUGCACUUAGAGGCACUGAAGAACAGGCUGGAGGCCCUGGCCAGUACCCAGAUUGUAGCAGCAUUCACCUCCCAGUCUGUAGAACAGUCCAAAGUGUUUGUGAAGGUUUUCACUGAAAUUGACCGGAUGCCCCAGCUCCUUGCAUACUACUACAAGUGUCACAAGGUGCAGCUGAUAGCAGCCUGGCAAGAGCUGUGCCAGAGUGACCUGCCCCUGGACCGACAGCUCACCGGACUCUAUGACGCCUUGCUUGGAGCAUGGCACAUGCAAAUUCAGUGGGCUACACAGGUUUUCAAGAACCCCCACGAGGUGGUGACGGUGCUGCUGAUUCAGACGCUGGGGGCCUUGGUGCCCUCUCUGCCCAUCUGCCUCAGCUCUGGAGUGGAGAGGGCGGGGCCCGAGCUGGAGCUCACCAAGCUGCUGGAGUUCUACGAUGCCACCGCCCACUUUGCCAAGGGAUUGGAGAUGGCACUGCUCCCCCACCUCCAUGAGCACAACCUGGUGAAAGUCAUGGAGCUGGUGGAUGCUGUGUAUGGGCCGUACAAAACCUACCAGCUGAAGUAUGGUGACCUGGAAGAGAGCCACCUCCUCAUCCAGAUCAGCGCCAUGCCUUUGGAGCAUGGGGAAGUAAUUGACUGUGUGCAGGAGCUGAGCCACUCUGCGUACAAGCUGUUUGGUCUGGCGUCUGCAGCUGUUGACAGAUGUGUCAGGUUCACCAACGGCCUGGGGACCUGCGGCCUGCUGACAGCCCUGAAAUCCCUCUUUGCCAAGUAUGUGUCUGAUUUCACUAACACUCUUCAGUCAAUCCGAAAGAAGUGUAAACUAGAUGAUAUUCCUCCCAAUUCCCUUUUUCAAGAGGACUGGACGGCUUUUCAGAACUCCAUUAGGAUAAUAGCCACCUGUGGAGAGCUCUUGCGGCAGUGUGGGGACUUCGAGCAGCAGCUAGCAAACAGGAUUUUGUCCACAGCUGGGAAGUAUCUGUCUGACUCCUACAGCCCUCGGAGCCUGGCCGGUUUUCAGGAUAGCAUCUUGACAGACAGGAAGAGCUCUGCCAAGAACCCAUGGCAAGAAUAUAAUUACUUGCAGAAAGAUAACCCUGCUGAAUAUGCCAGUUUAAUGGAGAUCCUUUAUACCCUGAAGGAGAAGGGGUCAAGUAAUCACAACCUGCUGGCUGCAUCUCGAGCAGCCCUGACUCGGCUUAACCAGCAGGCCCACCAGCUGGCUUUUGAUUCCGUUUUCCUGCGCAUCAAACAGCAGCUGCUGCUCAUUUCCAAGAUGGACAGCUGGAACACAGCUGGCAUUGGAGAGACCCUGACGGAUGACCUGCCUGCCUUUAGUCUCACCCCUCUGGAGUACAUCAGCAACAUUGGGCAGUACAUCAUGUCCCUCCCUCUGAAUCUUGAGCCAUUUGUGACUCAGGAGGACUCUGCCUUGGAGCUGGCACUGCACUCUGGAAAGCUACCGUUUCCUCCUGAGCAAGGGGAUGAAUUGCCUGAGCUGGACAACAUGGCUGACAACUGGCUGGGCUCCAUUGCCAGAGCCACGAUGCAGACCUACUGUGACGUGAUCCUCCAGAUCCCUGAGCUGACCCCUCACUCAACCAAGCAGCUGGCCACCGACAUCGACUAUCUGAUCAAUGUGAUGGAUGCCCUGGGCCUGCAGCCAUCCCGCACCCUCCAGAACAUCGUGAUGCUCUUGAAGACCAAGCCUGAGGAUUACAGACAGGUCAGCAAAGGCCUGCCCCAUCGCCUCGCCACCACGGUGGCCACCAUGCGGAGUGUGAAUUACUGACCCCACUGCGCACCUGCCUGAGAAGAGGGUCAGGCUGACAUUCUGCAGUCACAGCAACCCUCCAGCAUGGACUCACUCUAAAACUCUGCCAGGGAUUGGGCAGAGUGUGUUUAAUAAAGACUCAGUUCAUUUGUAUAAUCCAAAAAAAGUUUUAAAUUAGAGAUAUUUAUUAGAGAGGACUUUUCAGAUGAUUUUUUAAAAAUGAUCUGAUCGUGGAAACAGAAUUAAUAAAUACUGUGGAAUGAAAGAA